ACAACAUGAAAAAAUGUGAAUACGCAUCGAUUCCCAAAUCCUCUUCGUGUUCAAUCUUCAUCCUCCAAUUCCAAUUCAUCCAGAUCGUUAGGGUUUUCAGAAUUGCUGUUCAUCUUCCUUUCGUUCUCACACACAGCCGUUGGAGCACCGUUUUUUCUCGUUCAUUAAUUCAUUGCAUCCUGCGAUGCAACGUAACCACGCAAUUCCUCAUUAUUUUCGUGAAAUCCAGCGAUUCCGAGGUGUUUUCUUCGGUUGAGGAUAGUACGGAACUGAAUCUUCGUCGGAAUCCAACUAUCGGCGCCUGAAAUUCUAUCGUUGUUUUCUCAGUGUGUGGUGCUACUUUUAGCUUGAGCGAUGUUUCAGUUUCAUCCUCAAGGAGCUCCCAAACAGACUUGCACUCUUCUUGCUGUCACAUGUGGCACGAGUUUUCCAGAAUGCAAACCCUCACAGAAUGAAUGCAAGUAUCCUUUCCCUGAGUUGGUUUCCGCGGGGCGUCUCGAGGUUCAAACUCUACGCAAUCCUGAAAAGGAACAGUUUCGUAAAGUUCUUGAGUCGUAUCAACCGAAUUUUGUUUACUUACAAGGAGAACAGUUGGAGAAUGGAGAAAUUGGAUCGCUGGUUUGGCAAGGUGUGGAAUUAUCCACUUCUCAAGCUAUAACAGAGCUCUUUGGUUCCACAUUGCCCACGGCUGUUUAUUUAGAAAUUCCAAAUGGAGAAAAUUUUGCUGAGGCUCUUCAUCUUAAGGGAAUCCCGUAUGUUAUAUUUUGGAAGAAUACCUUUUCAUGUUAUGCUGCCUGCCAUUUUUGUCAAGCAUUUCUUUCAGUAGUGCAGAGUUCAUCUACACAUACAUGGGAUGCUUUUCACCUUGCACGUGCCUCUUUUGAACUUUACUGUGUUCAAAACAAUCAAGUACUUCCUACUGACAGCCAUGAUGCUAAUAGUGAGAUGGGGCCACACCUUCUUGGCGAAUAUCUCAAAAUCAAUGUUGAGCCUCCAGAGAUGGAUGAGGAAGAUGAUGAAGAAAAUUCCUUAGGCAGUCUGCCUGCUAUAAAGAUACAUGAUGAUGAAGUGAACUUGAGAUUUCUCAUCUGCGGUGCACCUUCCACUGCUGAUGAGUCAUUACUGAGAUCACUGGAGGAUGGACUCAGAGCUCUCUUGACUAUUGAAAUACGGGGUUGUAAGCUCCAUGGCAAGUUUAGUGCUCCCCCACCACCUCUUCAGGCUGCUGCUUUUUCUCGCGGUGUUGUGACCAUGCGAUGUGAUAUAUCAACCUGUAGUUCUGCACAUAUCUCACUUCUGGUAUCCGGCAGUGCACAAACUUGUUUUAAUGAUCAGCUCAUGGAGAGUCAUAUAAAAAAUGAGAUAAUUGAGAAGAGUCAGCUGGUUCAUGCACAAUUCAUCGAGGGAAACAAACAGAAUAUCUCUGAACCUCGCAGAUCUGCUUCAAUUGCUUGUGGAGCUACCGUGUUUGAAAUUUGCAUGAAGCUUCCUCAAUGGGCUUUGCAGAUUUUGAGACAGUUAGCACCUGAUGCUUCUUAUCGAAGUUUAGUUGCACUUGGCAUUGCUAGUAUUCAGGGGUUGCCUAUAGCUUCUUUUGAGAAAGAUGAUGCUAAGCGCUUACUUUUCUUCUAUCAAAGCUGUGAAAAAGAUAGCUGUGCCAACCAAAAUAAUCUACUUUUCAGCAGUCCCCCUGGUUGGUUGAAACCACCCCCUCCUAGAAGAAAGCGGUGUGAACCAAGCCAAGGGGCUAGCCCUGGUCUUCAUGAAGGUGUCUUUGCAGGGCAAGACACUGUUUGUAAAGUAAAUGAAGAGGAAAAGGAUAGAAAAAUGGUGAAUGGGAUUAGCACACCCUUAACUCUUGCUAGGCAGAGAUUAAAAGUAUCUGCAAUGAGGCCUAUUCCUCAUGUUCGUCGCCAUAGAAUGACACCUUUUUGUAGACCUUCUGAGACAAAUGGUUUUGAUGGUGCCCAAGUAGAGGCGAACUUGCCACUUGUUGCCCCUAUAAAGCGUAGUAGUGUUGGAUCAACAUCAGCAACACAGAGAAAAUCAUUUUCAAGCUCAGCUCAGUCUAAGCAGGUUAUUUCGUUGAACCCAUUGCCUCUUAAGAAACAUGGUUGUGGAAGAGGCCCAGUACAGACUUGCUCUGAGGAGGAAUUUCUCAAAGAUGUCAUGGAGUUUCUGAUUCUCCGGGGACAUAGUCGAUUGAUUCCUCAAGGUGGGCUUACUGAAUUCCCUGAUGCCAUACUUAAUGGAAAACGCCUUGAUCUCUACAACUUGUAUAAAGAGGUGGUUACCAGGGGAGGAUUUCAUGUUGGCAAUGGCAUCAACUGGAAGGGGCAAAUCUUUUCAAAGAUGCGCAAUUACACAACAACCAAUAGAAUGACUGGAGUUGGAAAUACUCUCAAAAGACAUUACGAGACCUACCUUUUAGAGUAUGAAUUAGCACAUGAUGAUGUAGAUGGAGAGUGUUGCUUGUUGUGUCACAGUAGUGCAGCUGGUGAUUGGGUGAAUUGUGGCAUAUGUGGUGAGUGGGCCCACUUCGGCUGUGACAGAAGGCAGGGUCUUGGCGCAUUUAAGGAUUAUGCAAAAACAGAUGGGCUAGAAUAUAUAUGUCCUCAUUGUAGUAUUACAAAUUUCAAGAAGAAACAAAGUGUUGCUAAUGGGUUUUCUCAAGGGUCUCUGUCUUCACGACCCCUUUGAUACAUUUUCCUCCACCCCCUUCUGGAAUAGCGGACAACUAGUUACCUCCUUUGCUUUGAGUUAUCUGUAAACUAUGUUUUAGAUAGAUUAGUGAAAUAUAGGAUUGAAAAAUAUUAGCUAGGUUUAGUCAACACAGAUGUCAUUAGGAGUAGGUGAACCCUUUCCAUCUUUGUUCUUGAUUAAGAGGAACAAAAUUCCUAGUUCAGAAAUGGAACUCCUACCACUUUCGAAUCCCAUCAAGCUCUCUAUUGUGAGCAGUGAGUUGGAAGUUUACUUUAUUUCUAGUGCCCUAUUGUUGUAUUGAAAGUAAAAUGUAUAGUCUUGUGCACUCAGUAUGUUUAUACUAUUUAAUUUAACAUAUUAUUUUCUAGUCUUUCUACUUCACGCACUAUACACAUGCAUUGUUUGGCACAGUAAUGGAUGGAUUGGUUGGCUCAGUUGGUCAACCGGCCAGGUAUCUGAUUCCUAGCAAGAAUUGGCCUGAAAUUGGUGAAGGCCGGUGUUGAAGAAUCCAGUUUGAACUUUAAACUUCUUUUCUCAAUUGAAUCAAGAAUG